UUUGAGCGGGAGGUGAUGGUAGAUCAUAAGGUCCCUUUGCAGGCCGGGCCCGACUGUCUCUUUAAUCCAACUUGUCCUCUGCUUGAUAGCUUCUUUGAAAGGAGCCAUGGUCACAUUAUAGACUUAAAUUCUGCAAGCCAUCAGAGUGAGGAGGAAAUGACCCAGCUGAGCGUCCGCCGCUGGACGCCCAAACACGUCGCCAAGUGGCUGAGGGAAGAGGGCUUUUGUGACUAUGUGGACCUGCUGUGCAACAAGCACCGGCUGGACGGCACCAGCCUGCUCGCCCUCAGCGAGUACGACCUCCGCUCGCCUCCUCUGGAGCUCAAGGUGCUGGGGGACAUCAAGCGGCUGAUGGUGUCCAUCCGCAAACUACAGAAACAGAACAUUGAUGUGUUGGAGGAGCUGGGUCUUCCCUUCGAUGGCCACUCUCCGACAGGCUCCGGAGGCAGUUUGGACUGGCUGUGCAAUGGAGACCCAGGCAGAGACUGUGACAGCACUGACACGGCGCCAGUUGGAGAGGAGUAUCACCAGUACACUAAUGGGAAGUACAAGCAGCAGACGAGGCGCCUGGAUCCGGAGUACUGGAAGACGGCUCUUAGCGCCAUCUAUGUGGUGUUUGUGUUCGGGUUCACGUCAUUUGUCAUGGUCAUAGUGCACGAGAGGGUGCCUGACAUGCGCACAUACCCUCCACUGCCAGAUAUUUUCCUAGACAGCGUGCCUAGAAUACCUUGGGCCUUUGCGAUGGCUGAAGCAUGUGGAGUGAUCCUCUGUAAUGUCUGGUUGCUGGUUCUGCUGCUCCAUAAACACAGGUCUAUCCUUUUACGGCGCAUGUGCAGCCUCAUGGGGACGGUGUUCAUGCUGCGCUGCAUCACCAUGUUUGUCACCUCCCUGUCUGUGCCGGGACAGCACCUGCAAUGCUCAGGAAAGAUGUACGGUGACAUGUGGGCCAAACUGAAGAGAGCCGUGGCCAUCUGGAGCGGUUUUGGGAUGACCCUGACAGGAGUGCAUACAUGUGGUGACUACAUGUUCAGCGGCCACACGGUGGUCAUUACCUUGCUCAACUUCUUUGUCACAGAGUACACCCCAAGAAGCUGGAACUUCAUUCACACGUUGUCCUGGGUCCUGAAUCUCUUCGGCAUCUUCUUCAUCUUGGCUGCGCACGAACACUACUCCAUCGACGUCUUCAUAGCGUUCUACAUCACUACCAGACUCUUCCUGUACUACCACACUCUAGCCAACACCCGGGCCUACCAGCAGAGUCGACGAGCUCGCAUCUGGUUCCCCAUGUUCUCCUUCUUUGAGUGCAAUGUCAACGGGCCCGUCCCCAACGAGUACUGCUGGCCCUUCUUGAGACCUGCAGUAAUGAGGAGGCUUAUUGGAUAAUCAACAGCAGCGGCGGCGGUACUGUCAGACACUUCUUAGCCUGUGCUGUUUAGUCUGCUUUGUCAAGUUGCCAACCGAGGCGGUGUGCGAUAUCUUCAUCAACAAAAACAGCUGUUGUGAUCCUGUUAGCACUGAGGCCUGAUGGGAUAGACGGAGCCAUAACUUCUUAUAUACCGGGACUUAUCUUCAAACCUGCCUCCCCUGUCACCACUUUUAGGCGGAUUAAACAAAAUCCACAAAACCUCACAGUUUCUUAAAAGCCCCAUCAACAGUGUUAGCUUGGUUUUGCAAAGCGAACACAGUGGAGAUAUGUCUCAUUUAUUCAGUUGCUUAUUUUUCCUCUAAAGGGAAGUCAUUUCAUGUAGCAUGAACUGCUUUUAUCAGCACCUCCCAACCUAAAGGGAUGGCUCAAUUUUUUUGAAGUUGGGUUGUAUAAGGUACUUAUCUACAGUCAGUAUGUUACCUAAAGGAGAUGACAGUCUGCACAUUAGCAGUUUAGAAAAUCAGGCAGGAGUAACAGUACAGAAGCUUAGCGAUGCACUGCUGUGGGAGAGGGCUGCGGAAAAAUGUAACCUAAAAAAAGCCAACAUGCAAAGAUUAGUUAAAGUGUACGCUAUAUUCUGAAUAUUUUCUAGGGCUGUUCUUGACUCUGAAUUAUGUCAGUGAAAUUAGAUUUUGACGUUAUGUACAAAUAUUUGAUGAUUUUGUUUUUCCAUGUAAGUUAUAAAGUUUAAUCAGGGCUCAGCAGGACGUUCAGUGUGGCAGCGGUUUCUGACUGAUUCGAAUCUCUGACUUUUAUCGCUGUAACUUGCCGUCAGCCCUUUCCAGCAGGGAACUAAAGCUGUUUGAUCGAACUCUUAAAACCCACCAGACAAAAAUAAUAAUUUUACCAUGCAGAACGCAGGAGUUGCUGGGCCACCUCUGCCUCGAUUGGUUAUUUAUUUUGUGUUAUUUGGUGACUUUAGUGUUUUAUUUCAGCCUCACCAAAGUCACACGAAAACGCAAACUAACGAACUGACCAGCAACUCCUGUGUUCUGCAAGGUAUAAUUACUGUUUUUGUUGAAGGUGUCUGGAGACUUUGAAGAGAGCGAAUUAAUGGCUUUAGUUCCUCGUUGUAAUGGGCUGAUGGGAAGGUAAAGUCGUGGAAAUAUUCUAAAUAUCGCGUACACUUAAAACCACAAUAUGUAGCAAUUCAGUUCUGUGCGCUUCGGCGCCAACAGAAGGUCCUUUCUUUUAUUUCUUGCAGUUCUUUCUUUACGUUUAACUGGAGUGCUCUGUGAGAAUUAGAUGCCAUUCUCUCUGUUAAAAGUCGGUGUACUAUCAGAUCAACUUUGAGACUGCUAUUUUAAGGCAGAAAAGCUAUAUAAUAUUGCUAUAAGCUAAUAUUGAUUUUUGGAGGUGGCCAAAAUAUGUUUUGCUGCGGCCCCCAUCCAUAGCAAUGCAUUGCUUAUCUUCAGUGGCGAUACUGCUGCCUGCUUCUCCAAACUGGGGGUGCGCUGACCGCCGUCUACUGUAUAAAUACUUUAUACAACCCUACUUCAAAAACCUUUUUCUUUUGAAAAUAUUUAGUUGGCACAUGAUAAAAAGAAACCACAUUAAAAAAAUCUCAGGCAGCAGUGUAACUAACCCUUCACAGCAGUUAACCAUUUUCUGUGCAAUUUAAAUACAUGAUCAUUUUAAAGAUUACUGACUGAAAGUUUUGUCUUACCUCCCACUUUGUAAUUUAUCAAAGCUCUACGGACCACUGUUAAAGCAAUAUGUAAAGAUCUAUGCUACAUUUGCUUUUUUUCUUGUACAGCAAAAUGUAUUGAGAAACAGAUGUCACUUUUUUGCCAUUGAGAGUCUUUUCAUUCCUUGAAAUUAUGUUUUGACGAUGUUACUAAAUAUUAACAGAUUAAUUCAUGGCUCUUGAAAAGAUGUAUGAUAAUGUCAUUAUCAGCCAAAAACAAGGAAUCAAAGAUUUAUUUCCAGCUGUCUUAAAUAUAAUUCCAGUUGCCAAUUACCUUGAGUGUUAUGAUAGUUUUCUCUGUGUAGAAAUGUCCCAAAUCUUUCAUGUUUACUGUUGGAUAGUUGUAUAAUGUCUUUUUUGAAAUAAUCAUACAGUGUAAAUGAUAAUAAUCCUUUGACAUUAACCUGUAGUAAUAGUUCUUCAAAAAUAUCCUCAAAUUUGUAUGUAUUUGUUUAUAUUAAUUUAUUUCAUUUUGUAACAGUCAAUAGGUAUUUUUAUAUUUCAUAUACAAUGUUACGGCAACAUGCACAUGGAGAAAUAUGUUUACAGUUGCUCUGAACUAUUUAUUUGAAACACAAUGUGCUUUUUAAGUGUAAUGUUGAUUUCAGAUUGGCCUCUACGUUUCAUCGAGUGAAAUUGUUUUAAGAGAGAUGUUGUAAUUGAUGUGGCCGUUACAGCAUGUUGGAGACGUUUGUUUUUCUAAAUGGAGUUGACAGUCGACGACACAUCCGUUCAUCGAGGAGUGAUGCUGUUGUGUUCAUUUGCUCAUGCGAAGCCACGUUACUUGUUUCAUGUCUCGUUCAGUCAUUUCCAUUAUUAAAGAGCUGAAAUCAAA